AUGUUUCCAGAAGUACGUGCGCUUUCGCCCAUAGAAAUAACAAAUGAAACGCAGUUGGCUUUCGCCCUAAUGAUGAGAAAAGGAAAUGAAACCUUUUUGCUGCGUGAAGGUAAAUAUAACUUGAAGAAUUUCACUGUCCUCACCAACCUUCAGAUGGUCGGUCUAGAACAGCAGGUAGUUUUAAAUUGUAUAGAAAGUUGUUGCAUAUUGCACCAAUCAAAGUGCUAUUUUGAGAAUAUAACCUUUCCAAAAGGAAGCAGUGGUAUAAUGUGCCAAGGGAAGGAUGCAGCUAUUCACAUGAACCAGUGCGAAACUUCAGGAGGGUUUGUAAGUUGUGAGGAUAGUCCAGAAUGCAACGGUGGACCAGGGUGUAUAGCAGCUUCUCUAGGAAAGCCGGUUUGUGACCGCACUGACAAAUUUGGGGAUCCAGGUUCCGAGUCGGGUGUGGCUGGCUCUCCUGGAAUUCAGAUUACGAGUGGAAGCUCUGCUUUUAUUGAAAACUGUGUUAUUCGAGACUGCGGAGGUGGAGGUGCUCUUGUAGCGUGGGAAGGUGCUUACAUGGAGGUCAGAAAAUGUGAGAUUUACAGAAACCAUCAAGCUGGUCUAGAAGCAAGGCUAGGGGGUCAACUGGUUGCUUUUAAAAACAGGGUAUUUAAUAAUGGUUACCAUGGUAUUUUAAUUGGCCCGAAUGCAGGAGAAUGUGAUGUCAAUGAAAACAAAGUAUUUGAAAACGCAAAGGAGGGUAUUUUUGUCGGUCGCACCGAACACAAGAUAGUUGUGAGAAACAACGACGUCCAUCACAACCGCCUUUUCGGUAUUUCUCUCCAGGAAGACCCUUGUCUGUUGGUCAGUAAAAACAGGAUAUUCGAAAACGGGUUUUGGGGAAUUCAAGCCCAGUUACGAACAUCAGCGAAAAUAACAGGGAAUGUUAUCUCUGGCAACAAAUGUGGUGGAAUUUUCAUUAACGUAAAUUACUCUGGACGGGUUUAUCUGGACUCAAACAUCGUUCGAGACCAUAGUGGCCCAUGGCUAUUUGGAGAAUAUGCAAAAUAUGCAAAGAGAGUUGAGUUUCCCCUUGAAAAUAGCCUCCCGAGCAAAACACCUCCUCCACCAGGGGAAAAGAAUAUUUAUAGCACCCCUCCUAUCCUUUAUGGAAACAAAGAAUUUAAUAACAAAGAAGGUAUAUAUCACCCAAGAAAGGUAGUUGAGCGGUUACACGAUGUCUGCACAUUUUGUGGUGGCUCAAGACAUGAAGGAAAGCGUCUCAUUAAGUGUUCAAAUUGUAAGAUUGCAUCAUAUUGCUCAAAAGAAUGCCGAAGUCGGCACUUCCAUGCACACGAGGCAUUGUGCAAAGCCCUAAAAAGUCGUUAUUCCAUUACGUUCGAUGAAACAUCGUUACGGAAUCAGUAUGCGCUAAGAUAUGCUAUUCACGUAAAAGGCAGUGGAACUGGCCCUGAACUCAAACUCAACAGUCGCGAAAAAUUCAUCAUCAAGAUUCAAACCCAAACUCAGAACGGUCACCCAAAGCAGUUGCUCCAUGUUUAUGACCAGAGUCGAACUCUUGAAUGCGACAUUCAGAGCCCAGAAAUCUUUAACAUAAUAAUGGAAUGCGGUGUCCUUGGAAGUCUCAAUAAACAUACAAGCAAAAAGGUUUUCUUCUUGGCAUCCUUCGAUGAGGGAGGGAAGAAACUAACAAUUUACCUUGAUCAAUUAGCUCCGUAUCAGCAGUGGUGA